AUGUUUGGAAUCCGUCCUCCGGAAAAUCGAUCAGCUUCUUUGCAGAGACUGACAACGCUAAACACGCAAAGAGGAGACGUCAGGUGGCACAGGCGUAUUCGAUGUCUCCGUACUAGCUGCCGAGGUGUUCGUCCAGCGGAUCGCGGAUACCAACUGGGGACAGUUCCACCGAAUUGCCGCAGAAACUGGAUCCGCAACCCAGUCUCAAAAUUCCUUCCAAGGUUCCUCGGAAAGGACAAUGUGAACGCAUAUCCCAACUUUUUCGUUCAAGCCGACCAAAGAAUCAGAGAGCGUCGUGCAAGGGGGAUCCGCGAUCGUCGGGACAUGCUACAGCAGUUUUUCGAGGCCAAAACCGUUCCGAUCUCUCAUCCAGACGUGCUAUCCGAGGCAGCAAAUGCCCUUGGUGCCCAUGCCGACACAACAAGCAUCGGUAUCAAAGCGUGUCUCGGCUAUCUCCUGUUGAAUCCGGAUAAAUACCGAGUGCUGCAGAAGGAACUGGAUCGCUCCUGGCUUGAAAAGGACUUGCCUACCGACGAGAUCACCUACAACCAGUGCCUCGAGAUUCCAAUAUUACAAGCCAUUAUCAAGGAGAGCACUCGACUUCAUCCGAGCAUCAUAUUUCAGCUACCGAGAUACGUCCCACCCUCUGGCAUCACCAUCCGCGACCAUGUCCUCCCCGGAGGCACACACGUGAGCAUGAGUCCCUGGAUCAUGAAUCGGAGCCGCGAAGUCUUCGGUCCUGACGCACACGAAUGGCGGCCCAAGCGCUGGUUGGAGGACCCGGAGAAGGCCAAGUACAUGGAUGGUUUACUCGCGACUUUUGGGUAUGGGUCGACUAAGUCACUCGCGGGUGUCACUCGUGAUUGCUGA